CCUCUCUUCAUCGGGCUGCACCAUUUACCGAAAGACGGGGGGUGGGAAACAAAUGCCCGAAGUCGGUUGGGAGCCAUCUCGGGGGCUCCUGGGGCCUCCCGACUUAGGCAGAACCACCUUCAGAAGAGUCUGAGAGCCCACAUGUAGGCUCCAUGUCCAGAGGCCCUCGCUGGCCACAAACAGCCGGGCAGCAUAGGGAGAACGAUUCUGCCUUCCCCUCGGUCCCUGUCCUCGUGGUCUGUCCCCCGGGCUGGCCCGAUCGGAGGAGGAGCCAGCAGGAGGCGGACCCCCAAGGCGCUCUUACUGCGCUGCUCCAAGACGAGGCUGCGGCCCAUGCCAAGGAGCCUUUGCUAUAUUGUAUCUUUUGCUGAGGUUCUCCCUGGGCCGCGGAGUAGACGUUUGCAACAAAGUUUCCCGGGCGGCUUCUGAAGCCUUCUGGCGGGGGAGCGGGUAGGAGACCUGCAGGCUAUCUGGCCUGGCGUACGGCGGCCGCCCCCAUGGCUCCUCCCAAGAAAGGCGAGCUGACCCAGGAAGAGAAGGAGCUGCUGGAAGUGAUCGGGCAAGGGAAUGUCCAGGAGACCGGGAGACUGCUGGGAAGCAAGAAUGUUCGUGUCAACUGUUUGGAUGAGCACGGGAUGACGCCACUCAUGCAUGCAGCGUACAAAGGAAAAAUGGACAUGUGUCGUAUGCUCCUGCGACAUGGGGCCAACGUGAACUGCAAUGAGCAUGAACACGGCUACACGGCCCUGAUGUUCGCUGGACUUUCUGGAAAUAAGGAGAUUACUCGGCUAAUGCUGGAAGCUGGAGCAGACACGGAUGUUGUGAAUUCAGUUGGCAGGACAGCGGCGCAGAUGGCAGCCUUUGUGGGCCAGCACGACUGCGUGACUGUGAUUAACAACUUCUGUCCCCGAGAGAGGCUGGAUUACUACACGAAACCCCAGGGACUCGAGAAGGAGCCCAGGCUGCCCCCAAAGCUGGCAGGGCCCCUGCACAAGAUGGUCACCACAACCAAUCUCCAUCCGGUCAAGAUUGUGAUGCUUGUAAAAGAAAACCCUCUUCUGGCCGAGGAGGACGCCCUGAAAAAAUGCUACCGAGUGAUGGACCUGAUCUGUGAGAAGUGCAUGAAGCAGAGGGACAUGAACGAGGUCCUGGCCAUGAAGAUGCAUUACAUCAGCUGCAUUUUCCAGAAAUGCAUUAAGUUCUUGACCGAGCGAGAAGACAAGAUGGAUGGUUUCAUCAAAAGUUUGUUAAAAGGCCGAGAGACAGAUGGCUUUCCCGUCUACCAAGAGAAGUUCAUUCGAGAGUGUAUUCGGAAGUUCCCUUACUGUGAAACCACACUCCUCCAGCAGCUUGUCAGAAGCAUUGCCCCCGUGGAAAUUGGCUCUGAUCCUACAGCCUUCUCUGUGCUCACUCAAGCCAUCACUGGUCAAGUGGGAUUUGUAGAUGUGGAGUUUUGCACCACGUGUGGAGAAAAGGGCGCAAACAAGAGGUGUUCAGUGUGUAAAAUGGUUAUUUAUUGCAACCAGGAUUGCCAGAAAAUCCACUGGUUCACUCAUAAAAAAGUCUGUAAGGUGCUGAAGGCUGUGUAUGAGAAGCAAGAGCUGGAAGCUGCCAAAGAGAAGAAGAGGCAAGAAGAGAGACCAGCCCAGGAAAAAGAGCCAGAUGUCGAUUCCAAUCCAUCUAAUGAGGAGCAGCCAGAAACGGAUCCUGGGCAUGCUGAAGAGGACCCCACAGAUCUGGCCCAGGAGGAGAAGGCCCACGUGGAAGAGGCCUCCCAAAUAACCUCGGGGGCAGGCGGUGACACUGGCCUCCAAGGCAUGGCAGGGAGUGUGAAGGAAGCAGAGGAGUAGGGCCCAGCUGGGUCUGUAGCUUUGCAGUGUAUGAGACAAACAGCCCAGCCCUCUUUCCCACGGAGGUGUGAGCCGUGAGAGGCAGCAGGGGGCUGGUCCAUGUUACACGGAGCCCACGCUUUCAUGAAUCUGUGCUCUCACUCCCGUGGGUGCAGGUCACAGCUCAUUCACCCCUUCUCAUCUCAUGUGGCCCUUAUCUAUGUCCUCUGGAAGGCCACCCCCCCCAUCAUGCUGGAGGGUUUCACUCCAUCUGUAGACGUGGUGUGGAGGCCAAUCCAAGCCCAGGGUGCCCUCACUAAGUGACUGGUUUACCUUUGCCAGGCAACCCUUUGCCAUCCCAUUCACAGCUUUUCCUAUGUGUCUGUCCCUGGCAGGAUGUUACAGCCAUCUCCCCUCACCCCCAGUAGAGUAUCUGAAUCAGACCAAACAUAUACAGGGCAGGGCUGGGCUUGCCCUACCACCAUUCUGAGGGAGGAAGGGCGUCUCAUUUCAAGAUAUUUGAAAGAAGGGAGGCUUGCAAACACUUGGAGAAAAGUCACAGACUUGAUUAUCAUCAAAUAGGUUAAUCAGUCGACAAACAUUAAGCACCUACUGUGUGCCAGGCCCCACGCUAAGCCCUGGGGAUACCAGUACAAAGACAUAGGCCAUGUCGGCACAGACUGAAAGGCCCAUCUCUGUGGAAUCUGAGAAUAAGGUGUUUCGAGGGUAUCCUAGAUGCAUCGUGAGAAGGGAGGCCACAGGCUUUCGUCACUACAGCAAACCACAGGUUACAGGCACAGUCUGCUGAAAGUUGCCCAUGCAUUUACUGUUUGUUCCAUGAUCGAGGCUGACUCUGACUUUGAAUGUGUCUCCUCUGCACUUGUCAACAUGAGAGGAGAUUCCUUCAAAGUUAUGACAGAUGGACCUCUGGGGAGCUGCUACUGCCUGGGUGUAGCCCAGCAUGAAACUGGGAGACCUGGGCUGCCUGCUGGCCACCAUCACACUCUGAAUGGUCCUGUAGGUGGCGAGGGCCCCAGGCCCCUCCUGCUGGUGAAGGCUUUUGUUCUGACAGCACUGAGCACUAGAACAGUGCCAAGCCUUCUCAAUGCUCGUCACCUCCCCACUUUGCUGAAGAGUCGUCCUUGGAGCAAAGCUGCCUGUCACCCCAUAUUUUCCUGCUAACUUCCAGCAUAUAAUAGGAGCCGCAUUCCCUAGGGAAAUAGCCUUUUUCAAAGAUGGAAGGUUACCUCUCUGUCCUUUCCCACACUCAGCUCCUCAGAAGUUUGCCCAGACUCUCCAUUGCACUCAGUCUCCUUGCCUGUUCCAAGGCAAGUAUUUUAUCUAACCUUCUAGGAAGUAGGAAAGACACCAAAUGGAAAGGAAUUGGUGAGGCAGGGCUGGCUCGUGCCCCUUCCAGCACUGCCCCUUUGAUAACAUCUCCUGUUAAAGUCAGGUGGCUUUGCCCCUCUGCCAACUGUAGGAUUGUCAGAAACCCAAGGGAAGAAAAUGGAAGAUAAGGAGCCUUAGAGACAUAGACCAGAUUCAAGGGAUGCAGGGAGUGAUGUUGGCCUGAGUCUAUGGGAUAGUGGGAAACCUGGGAUUGGGAGUCAGAGCACCUGGGUUUGAAUCACAUCUGUAGUAUAGUUUGUGUAAUCUUGGGCAAGUCAUUUCACCUCAGUUUCUUCGUCUGUAAAUUGAGGUGGUUAGACUAUUACUCUAAGCUGCUGCCUGCCUUUAAAAUCCUUCCUCCUGUGAGAGAGACCCGGGAAAAUCCUAUAAUUCAGAGAAUGCUAAGGUAUACCCAAUCGCCGCCUCUGGAUCUUGUACAUAAGUGUAAUUGCAUCCUUAGGUGCUAUGUGGAGGGAAAUAUGCAUGUUAGUUGACCUGAUGACUCGUUUGCUGGGGAGGGAGGCGAUCGCCAUGACUGACUGACCGCUACCUGAACUGUGCUCACUAAAGCCCUUCAUAAAGGUGGUUGGGGCUGCAGAGUCUCCCAGAAGGAAGCCCAGCCAGGGAUCUGUUCAAGUGGGUUGUCUUCUGUACUCCCUAUUUAAGGAUAAUUAAUGAAAUGUCUCAACAAAUGAUUGUCUAGCAGGCCAGUUUGGUGCAUGAAAUCUUCCUGGUUCUGCUUCUCUGAAAAGUCCUCCAAAGUCAUGGCUGGGCUUCCAUCCCUGUCGCGCGCGCGCGCGCGCGCGUGUGUGUGUGUGUGUGUGUGUGUGUUGGUGGGCACCAUGGACUCACCCAGGUUUGGAAUGCCCCGUUCAGAAGGCCACGUACGCACAAGCUAGCUGACCUAGAAUGUGAGGCAUCUGAGGGGAGGCCGCCCCACCCUCCAGUCUCUUGGAGAAUUGAAAUAAACAUGCCUCCUCAUCCUUGUUCCUUACAUCUUACUGAAGGCUCACUCAUAAAAAUGGCUGGAAUCCUCCAAGUGCUUUGUUGGGCUGACCUGAGUUAUGUUCUGCCACGGGGAAGGAGGAAGACAAGGGCAGGUGAGGGUGGGUUUAUGGGCUUUGUGGUCCGAAAGCUGCCCCUCUUUGAAACACAAGGUUGUAUGGAAAGAGCUCACCACUGUAAAAUGCCAGGGAGUCUUUCUAGCCCCAGAAGUCUGCCAUGUAACCAGUGCCUCUGGGCCCUAUUCUUUCUUAGCAGCAGUUUGGUUCUUCUAACAGCCUUGAAUCCUAGAAUCUCAAGGGUCUGAUCUAUGAAUCCACAAAUCAGCCCCAAGUCUCUCUUGGGAGAAUCACUAAUUUCAUCUCAUCACUGGAGCAAUUAAGUUACAACUGAAUACAAACUUUAUCAUUCUGUUUUGGAAUA